GAUAAACUAAGCCAGGAUCGAGUGGCUGUGUUACUCUCUCUCAAAGCUAAACAUAAUCGACCUACGAAAACAGCAGAGGAUCCAUGUGGGUGGCAUCGGCAUUGUCAUUCUUAUUCAGAACCGGCACCAAAAUCCAUGGCUAUCAAUAACAUCACAAUUACUCUGACUAGCUCUUCUUCUUCUUCCUCCCGUCUCCUGCACAACCUCACCAGAAAACCCAUCCCAACAAAACACCGUCUUAUCAACAGCAAAACAAAACCUGCCACUAUUUCUAUGGCCUCCGUCUCAACCAAAGUAAUCCCAUCCGUGAUUGUGGGUGGCGGAAGGGUGGGAAGGGCUCUGCAGGAGAUGGGCAACGGCCAGGAUUUGGUUGUAAGGAGAGGGCAGCCAGUGCCGCUUGAUUUCGAGGGACCCAUUUUGGUCUGCACAAGAAAUGAUGAUCUUGAGGCCGUUCUUGAAGCCACCCCUCGCUCCAGAUGGAACGAUCUGGUUUUUUUCCAGAAUGGGAUGCUGGAGCCAUGGCUUCAAAGUAAGGGUUUAAAUGAUGCGGACCAAGUGCUAGCAUAUUUUGCUGUAUCAAAGCUUGGAGAACCACCUAUUGAUGGAAAGACUGAUACCAAUCCUGAAGGAUUAACAGCAGCUUAUGGGAAGUGGGCAUCUGCAGUGGCUGGAAGAUUGCUUGCAGGAGGCCUCACUUGUAAGGUUCUUGGCAAGGACGCAUUUCAGAAGCAGAUGUUGGAGAAGCUGAUAUGGAUUUCAGCAUUUAUGCUUGUUGGCGCUCGUCAUCCUGGGGCCACUGUAGGUGUUGUUGAAAAGGAUUACCGCUCUGAGGUAUCAAGCCUCAUAGCUGAACUUGCAGCUGCAGCAGCAGCAGAGAAAGGAUUAGUAUUCGAAGAAGCCAUGGAGGAUAGACUAUGUGCUUACUCACGUGCUGUCUCUCACUUCCCAACAGCAGUAAAAGAGUUCAAAUGGAGGAAUGGCUGGUUCUAUUCUGUAUCCGAGAAGGCAAUCGCGGAAGGGAAACCUGAUCCUUGUCCCCUACACACAGCAUGGCUCAAGGAACUGAAAAUCAUUUAGAAUGUCAACAAAUAAUUUGUGAACAGUUGGCCAUUCAUACUUCUUGAGUGUUUAUAUGUUACUAACGUUCAAUCCCUCUUUAGUCUAUUGUCUUGUUGAGUGUGUUACUACUUCUGCUCUGGCGGCCUGAGCCCACUCAUCUAUCUGUGGGUAUGUUAGGUUGGAUGGUUAUUCGAUUAAAAAAAAAAGUGUUACAGCUAUAGCACAAUAAUGAUGCCUACAUAAUUUUUUC